AUGCAGGAGCAAAUUAACAACAUUGAAACAACUCUAGGAACAACCACAGAUGGUGGCACAGUAAAUGACAGCAGCCUCAUCGGUAGAAUUGAAGGGAUCGAGACAACAGUCCAAGACAACACACAGAAACACGAGGCCAACACAACAAGCAUCAACAAUAUCAAUCAGGUCCUCUCAGCAUUUGAGAAUUUCGCGGAUGGCAACUAUGAACAGGCAGCACUAGAUCUGACAAACUUCUUUACAACGGUAGAUAACAAUUCACAGCAGAUCGCACAGCACGUCACAGAUAUAGCAGGACUAAAAGCCAGCGAUAACCAAUUCACUCUGACAAUACAAGGCCUAGCAGAUCAAGUAACAGGCCAUCAAACAGACAUAUCGGGAAUUCUUGAUACAAACGCUAGCCAAGACCAACGCUUUACAGAUGUAGCAGCGGACCUCCUAGAUCUACAAGGCCAGAUAGACUUUAUCAAUAACAGCACAGCAGUGCUCUUUGUAGGGCAAGUUCUUUAUGAGAUUUUAAAAUGGAAAUUUGGAGCAGCUAUCAAUGAUUUCACUAAGAGAGUAUGGGAUCGCAUAAAUGGCAAAUACAAAGGAGAAGGUGAAUAUGAUCCAGUGGCCGAGGGCGAUACUUAUAAUACAUUCACAGGUGAUAGCAUCCAAGCCAUCCUAGAUGAGCUCAAUGAUAUGGCCUCUGUGUAUAGAUACAAUAGCUUAAACAACGCUGCGGGCAUCAAUGCUGACCCUAUCUCAACGAGAUGUCCAUUUUGGUUCAUUCAGCACCGCCACAGACAUAUUUACAACAACCAAGAGCCUAAGCAAUUAUAUGGUUUUGAAGGGAGUUAA